UCCAGGACCUUGACAACAGCUUCCUCUUUUCCAGCAUGUUCACACCUUUCAGAUCAGGAUUAUUUUAGCUUUCUUUCCACGCUCACUUUUUUUUUUUCCUGAGGGUGGCCGGGUGCUCGUCCACUCUAGCUGGCAUCUGAUCGCGAGAAGCGGCGGUGCCCACAAUGCCCUCUCUCACCCUGCUGAUGGCUCUGGCACUGCUCCUCUCCGGCUGCCUGUCCGGACACUGUUCUCCAACACCCUCAGGCAUGCAAGACGCGACUCCUCCAGAGAGCGAGAGACUGGCAGGGUCUCGAGAGGCUGAGCAGCAGGAAGAGGGUGGUGUGGUGAGUCCGUGUCCAUCCUGCGCCCUUGCCCAGUUAAACAGGGAUUCAGAGCCUGGCAUGGUAGAGGCGGUGAAGAGGCACAUCUUGAACAUGCUGCACCUGAGUGCUCCACCCAACGUUAGCCAUCCGGUGCCUCGCGCCGCCCUGCUUAAUGCCCUGCGCAAGCUGCACAUGGGCCGUGUUGCACAGGAUGGCACAGUGGAGAUCGAAGAUGAAGCAGAAGAGUUCGGAGGACAUGGCGCACCAGGUGAUGAGCAGUCAUCGGAAAUCAUCACCUUUGCAGAACCAGUUGAUGAUCCUGGUGUGGUGAAGUUUGACAUCUCGAAGGAGAGUGCCACACAGUCCGUGGUGGAGCAGGCCAAUGUGUGGAUCUUCCUUAAACUGGCAAAGGGAAGCCAUGCGAAGGGCAAAGUUUCCCUGCAGCUCCUGCAGACCCCGAAUGUGAGCACAGCGUCGAAUCCAGACCCCCAGGAUGACGUGUUGGUGUCUCAGAAGAUGGUGGAUGCCCGGCGUAGUGGCUGGCACACCCUGUCUGUCGGAGCCAGUGUGCAGGCAUUGCUGGACCUGGGCGGUGGAGACCUGCGGCUUCAUGUGUCCUGCCCGCUGUGUGCUGAUGUGGGUGCAGUGCCAAUCCUCAGUGUAGGAAAAGGGAAGGAGCACUCGCAAUCACACCGCCCAUUCCUGAUGUUGGUGCUGCGUCCGGCUGAGGAAAGGCAACACCGACGCAGCAAGCGUGGCCUUGAGUGUGAAAGCAACAUGCGAGCUUGCUGCAAGCGCCACUUCUAUGUCAACUUCAAGGACAUCGGUUGGAGCGACUGGAUCAUUGCGCCCUCGGGUUACCACGCCAACUACUGUGAGGGUGAGUGCCCAGGCCACACUGCCAACAUGGCAGGUACAGCGCUUUCCUUCCACUCCACCGUCAUCAAUCACUACCGCAUGCGUGGCUACAGCCCGUUCGCAAGCAUCCGGUCUUGCUGCGUUCCAACACGUCUCCGUGCCAUGUCCAUGCUCUAUUACAACGAAGACCAAAAGAUCAUCAAAAAGGACAUCCAGAACAUGAUUGUAGAAGAAUGUGGCUGCUCAUAAAAUUUAAUAUAAAAUAAAAACUUGACCACAUUCUUUCUGGAACUGUUUCAAAACUGCUUAGCCAAGGUCAAAGCACAUGAUUGGUGGAUUAGCAGCCUAGGCUGGCCCACAAACAUUUCCUGAACUGUCAUUGUUUUUGACUUGAACAUGCUCUGUUCAUGAACUGUUCUAUUCAGGACUCUUGAUUUGAGUGAUCUCUGUGGCACUUUCAUAUAAAUGUAAAAAAAAAAAAAGAGAAAGAGGCGUAAUAUAUUUUUGUUAUUUGAAGGGAAAGCGGAAAUACGAGGGAACAGGUGCAUGGUCAGGAUAAAAUGUUGUUCCGUGUUCUCUGCGCUGCAAUAAAAAGAAGCAUCUCGGAAAUAUGAAUCCGAGAAAAAAAAAAACGAACUAUGCAACUGGUGUUAUUAGAUGUUCAUUGUGUCAUUCAUGUUUUUAUGGUUUUCUUUUGUGAACCCUUUUGAGCAAAAAAAAAAAAAAAGAGCUGGUUGUAUUUCUUAAAAAAAAAAAACUUGAAGAAAAGUAGUUGGACCAGGUACUGGAGCCAAACUAUUAUUUUUCUUUUUAUUACCUAUAAAUUAUGAACGUUGCCGAAAAGUGAUCAAGAUUUGCACUAAACCAACAUUCCUAUA